AGCCGAGCUAACAUGAGCCGAUGAUGGGCGGCGUGCGAUUUGUGAGUUUGUGCAUGAAUAUGGCGAUAUUUCUUAAACAAUUAGAGAUCCGUUGUUGUCGUUCGUGGAACCAACGCCGUGGGGUGUAAUGCGCCACCCCCAACCCCGUAUUUAUCUUUCUAUCAGACUCUAUCUGCUUUAGCUCGUUACUCCGAUCACGACAAGAUAACGAAUCCCAAUUUGAAAAAGAUAUCCCAAUCUAUAAGAGAUCUCACAGCUCUCCUCUCUAUAGAUAAGGGAGAUGUCUGGUUGUUUUCCGCGUCUUCAGAUCCUUAAAUAGCUUCGGCGGAUAUUCGUUGGGGUUAGGGUUCUGAUUUCUAAGGAAACAGUGGUUUUCAGAGCGAAUUCCAGAGUUUGUGGUUAUUGUUUUUGAUGGAGAGAAAAAUUGAGCUUCGUUUGAAUGUUUUGGGCGAAGAAUCCGGAGCAAGCUAAAGAGUUUUUUCUUUGAAUUCGAAGGAAUCUGUGUGCGUCGAAGCUUGAGUUGAGAGAAAUUCAAAGAUUCAAGAAAGAAAAUCGCGGUGAAAGAUCUAGAAUUCGUGGUUACAAGGCUUUUUAUCAUUCGGGAUUGAGGUUUUUUUGUGCUGGAAUAAGUUAAAAGUUGAAUGAGUGGUGAGAGAUUGUGAAAAAAAGCGAAGGAAGAAAGUGAAGAGAAUAACAUAAAAUCGAAGAAGAGAAUCGCAGAAGAUUGAAGCGAAGAGGUUGAAGUGUUUCUUUAAAAGAUUGCAUUAGUACUGCGGCAAGGAAAUGGCCACUCGAGUUGAGCCUCCAAAUGGGUUUAGGUCACAAGGGAAGCAUUAUUACACAAUGUGGCAAACAUUGUUCGAAAUUGAUACGAAGUAUGUUCCAAUCAAACCCAUAGGUAGAGGAUCCUAUGGGGUAGUGUGCUCUUCCGUAAACAUGGAAACAAAUGAGAAAGUUGCAAUCAAGAAGAUCAAUAAUGUAUUUGAGAACCGUGUUGAUGCUCUGAGAACACUGAGGGAGUUGAAGCUUCUUCGACACAUUCAGCAUGAGAAUGUGAUUGCUUUGAAGGAUGUGAUGAUGCCUACCCAUCAGACAAGUUUCAAAGAUGUCUAUCUAGUAUACGAACUGAUGGAUACGGAUCUACAUCAUAUUAUCAAGUCCCCACAGCCACUUGUGAAUGAACACUGCAAAUAUUUCAUCUUUCAGUUGCUUCGAGGGUUGAAGUAUCUCCACUCAGCAAACAUCCUUCACCGUGACUUGAAGCCUGGGAACCUCCUUGUGAAUGCAAAUUGUGACCUGAAGAUUUGUGAUUUUGGGCUGGCAAGAACCAGCAAAGACAAUGGCCAAUUCAUGACUGAGUAUGUUGUCACCCGCUGGUACCGUGCACCAGAGCUUCUCCUCUGCUGUGACAAUUAUGGAACCUCUAUUGAUGUGUGGUCUGUAGGAUGCAUAUUUGCAGAGAUUCUUGGCCGGAAACCAAUAUUCCCUGGAACUGAGUGCCUCAACCAGCUUAAACUAAUUAUCAAUGUUCUUGGCACCCAGCAUGAAGCUGAUCUUCAAUUCAUUGAUAAUCCAAAGGCCAGAAACUAUAUCAAAUUACUCCCAUAUUUUAGAGGGGUUCACUUUUCUCAUCUUUACCCCAGGGCUGACCCUUUAGCUAUUGAUUUGUUGCGGAGAAUGCUUGUGUUCGAUCCAACCAAGAGAAUUACAGUUACAGAGGCACUUCAACAUCCAUAUCUAUCAAAUCUGUAUGAUCCAAGCUGUAACCCUUCUGCCCAGGUCUCAAUCAAUCUAGACAUAGAUGAAAACUUGGAGGUGCGGAUGAUUAGGGAGAUGAUGUGGAGAGAAAUACUUCAUUACCAUCCUGAAGCUGUUUCUUCUCAUGCCUAGACAUGCCUGGUAAAGCCUCAUCUAGCUGUUUUGCAUUGGAAAUGCUGUAAAAUGAGUUCCAACUAUUCAGCAGAGAAGCAUCCAUUCUAGUGUUGUGCUGUUAUCACUUGUUGUUUUCAGGAAGAUUUUGUUUAAUGUUUAUUAGCUGAAUAUUGUCUACAUGGUAUGCAGCCUCUUGUAGCUUGUAAAUAGGCAAGUUGAUGCAUUCCAGGCAGCACGGUCAAUUCUCUUGUAUAUUCAUUAUGCAUCUAGGUCAAAACCAAAGUUGGGCCAGGCGGCUCAAGUCUUUGCCUAAUAAGAAACACCUGUGCAGAUAGCUGUUCACUUUUGGUAUCAUUGCAUUCUCCACUUCAUGGGCGAUUUAAACAUAUUUCCUUGUUAACAUAGCCACCCAAACUGUACGGUCAUCGCAAACAAUAAAUGUAUUCAGUUUUCAA